AUGGCACACGAUGCAAGUUGCCGUUGGGCCGCCGGCGACCUAGAUGAGACGGAAGUGGGAAUAUCCGCUUUUGUCGUGGACGACCGACCGCAGGGGUUGCAGGGCGAAAUCAAAACCUUCAUGGAAGACUUCGAGGUGCUGGAGGUGUUGCCAGAAAAAUUAAAGAGGACGGACAACAUUGCACACACCGAGGAACAAGUUGCGGGACCGAAUCUUCGGUUGAAAGGAGAUCGGGAAAGCGUCGUUGCGGAGCAGGAUAAUUUCUCGCUUACGAUGCGGGAAUCUGUUCACGAAGGUACUGCUGGUAAUAUUCGCGUACGUGCUGGAGACGACGAAGCCGGAACAAAUUCGUGUACCGCCAGUAACAAGAAGAAGCGAAGGAAGCUCGACAAAAAGACCUCUACCAACGGAGCUUCUCCCACCUCGGACGAGCCUCCCACGCUCUGCUACCACUUUUGGCUGCGCAAGCGCGGCGUCGACACACUGGAGGCGAUCUCGAAACUUGCCGUGUUGACGGGUUUUCCGGUCCGUGCGUUCGGUAUGGCGGGGAUCAAAGAUAGCUUCGCGAUCACGCAGCAACGACUUAGUGUACAGUUGGGCGAGAAGGAGUAUCCGGGUGUGGAAGAGGUAGAAAAGGCGUUUCGGGUAGCGGGGGUGCUGGAGGAGAGAAGUUCAAGUUCUCAAGAAGCCGAUAAUAAAUUAAACUUCGACGAUUACGACCCUGCGAAAGUUGGAAACCUGGAUAUUCCAGUAGAACAUUGUGACGCCGCGGCACGACCAAAACCAAAUGGAAGUUGUCCGACAAGUUGUGAACAAUUAUUACACGACUCGGAUCAAGACGACCCAUAUAUCCAUUAUUGCGGCGAGCACGGAGUCUCUGUCUCAAGGAUAAAGAAAGCGGACAAGCCACUGUUCCCCGGAAAUCUCGGCGGCAAUCGCUUUAACUUGGUGAUCCGGGAGUCAAAAGCAGAAGAAAUCGCAGAGGAGUGUUUCACCCAGCUUAGAAACCAUGGCUUUGUCAAUUACAUCGGCUUGCAACGGUUCGGGAAGAACGGGGUACGAUCGGACCGCAUCGGCUAUUACUAUUUUCGACGAGACUACGUGAGUUGUGUCGAGGAGCUUUUGUAUGGGGCAGAUAGCAAUACGAUGAACAGCGUUGGAGCCGCGGGGAAAGGAAGAGGACAAGUCCGGACAGAGGGGUCGCUGGCAGCUGGUUUAGUUACGAAGAACGGUGGUAAAGCGAGCCAGUCAGGUACUAAAAGCACUUCAAGAGGUUCUUGUUCUAACGAGGACGAGGGAGACCACUGCAGAAGGGCCGCAAGUAGACCCUCGGUAGAAGUUUAUUCUUCCUCGUCCAGUCGAGGAGCUGCACGCGACACCUGCCGGCGCAGCAACCUGCCCAAGUGGGCGAGCGUCUUCUCGCGCACCGGUUGCGCCGAGACUGCGUUGAAGCACCUCCCAGAGCGGCUGUGGGCGGAGCGGCGGUUGCUCAUCGCGUUCGCGAAGUGUCCGAACCGGCAGCAGCGGACGUACGCGGAAUGCUGUAGAUAUGCUUUCCUCUCCCUCCCGAGGAACAUUCGCGUCUUGUACGCCCACGCGUAUUUGGACAGAAUUUGGAACCUCGCCGCGGGAGAGAGAGUGCGGCUGUACGGCAGCCGGGAGGUCGUGGUGGGAGAUUUGGUUUGGGAUCAUCGAGAGGCAACAGCUGUCAGGGGCGGUAGUAGUGCGGAUCAUGGUGUGAAAGCACCAGCUGUGCCUGAGCAGGAGGUGCGAGGACCAUACGCCGCAGAAGAGCAAGAGGAGAAAGCUGCAAUAAACCUUCCGGCCAGCGUUGCCAACAAGCGUUCGAUACGUGUGAUUCGCACCGAGGACGAAGCGAAAAAAGCUUCCAUCUUCGACGUGGUACUUCCGCGACUGGGGCAUGGGCACUUUUUCGGAGAUAAUCCCAUGCCCAGAAACGCAGUGGGACGAACCAUGCGCGACUACGUAUCGUACGACGGUUUGUUGCGAGAAGAGGGGGAUCAUGAGGAGGACGACGAAGGCGCGGAUUAUUUCGUGGACUGCAGUGGCGAAGACGAAGAGGGUCCCGAAAUAGAUGCCUGCGCUUCCGUCUCCACGCCAAGCCCAAGUGAGGACACCAACGACCACAGCGCUUUCGAAGCACCAGAAACUUCGUCAAGAACGCAAACACCAGAAUCGUAUCUCGACGCUGCAGGCUCUGACGAAGAAGCUUAUGCGACUGCUGGCGAGCGGGGUCAUAUUAGCACGGGUGAUGUGACGACGACGACGUCGACGCUAUCUGCUGGCCCUGAAGACGCUGAUCAAGUAGACCAGAACUGCUUUGGAGUCGAAAUGCGGCUGGAUCCCAAGUGUCCGAAUCUGAGCUGUACUCAGGUCUGGCGCAUCCCCGGAGACUACCGCACCGUGUUUGAGCGACCUCGAGAUCUGUCUUGGAAAAAAAUCGAUGCGACGACGGUGAAAACGUCCUUCAUCCUGGGCCCGGGGCAGUACGCCACGGUGUUGAUUCGGGAGCUGUUGGCGAGCAGAAGGGCACCGCCCCCGAGGCAAAUUCUUUUCGAUUCCGAUUCAGAAUGA